AUGUCUCAAGAACAGUACACAGAAAACUUGAAGGUUAUCGUUGCCGAAAAACUGGCUGGUAUACCAAACUUUAACGAAGAUAUCAAGUAUGUUGCGGAGUAUAUUGUCUUAUUGAUCGUUAACGGUGGUACUGUUGAAUCUGUCGUAGACGAGCUGGCUAGUUUGUUUGAUAGUGUUUCGAGAGAUACGCUUGCAAAUGUUGUUCAAACAGCCUUUUUCGCAUUAGAAGCUCUGCAACAGGGAGAAAGUGCUGAAAAUAUUGUUUCCAAAAUUAGAAUGAUGAAUGCGCAAAGCUUGGGACAAUCGGAUAUCGCACAACAGCAACAACAGCAACAACAACAACAGCAACCAGACAUCGCGCAACAGCAACCUCAACAGCAACCUCAACAGCAACCUCAACAGCAACCUCAACAGCAACCUCAACAGCAACCUCAACAGCAACCUCAACAGCAACCUCAACAGCAACCUCAACUUCAACCACUUCAGCCACAACUAGGGACCCAGAAUGCAAUGCAGACAGAUGCUCCUGCAACUCCAUCCCCCAUAUCAGCCUUUUCCGGCGUUGUUAACGCUGCAGCUCCCCCUCAGUUUGCGCCUGUAGAUAACAGCCAAAGGUUCACUCAACGUGGCGGAGGCGCCGUUGGAAAGAAUCGUAGAGGUGGUCGCGGUGGGAACCGUGGAGGACGCAACAAUAAUUCCACACGUUUUAAUCCGUUAGCAAAAGCACUUGGAAUGGCGGGUGAGAGUAAUAUGAACUUCACUCCAACCAAGAAAGAGGGGCGUUGCAGAUUGUUUCCUCACUGUCCUCUUGGUAGAUCAUGCCCACAUGCACACCCAACUAAGGUAUGUAAUGAAUAUCCAAAUUGUCCAAAGCCUCCCGGAACUUGUGAGUUUUUACAUCCAAAUGAAGAUGAAGAGUUGAUGAAGGAAAUGGAAAGAACUCGUGAAGAAUUUCAAAAAAGAAAAGCUGAUUUAUUGGCGGCAAAAAGGAAACCGGUACAAACUGGUAUCGUUCUGUGUAAAUUUGGGGCUCUGUGUUCCAAUCCAUCAUGCCCAUUUGGUCAUCCAACACCAGCAAAUGAAGAUGCGAAAGUCAUUGAUCUAAUGUGGUGUGACAAGAAUUUGACAUGUGAUAAUCCUGAGUGUAGAAAGGCCCACUCUUCAUUGUCGAAGAUCAAGGAAGUAAAACCAAUAAGCCAGAAGAAAGCAGCUCCACCUCCGGUUGAAAAGUCCUUAGAACAAUGUAAGUUCGGUACGCACUGCACCAAUAAACGUUGCAAAUAUAGACAUGCUCGUUCUCAUAUUAUGUGCCGUGAAGGAGCAAACUGUACUAGAAUUGAUUGUUUAUUUGGCCAUCCAAUUAAUGAAGAUUGUAGAUUUGGUGUCAAUUGUAAGAAUAUUUACUGUCUAUUCAGACAUCCUCCAGGCAGAGUACUUCCGGAAAAGAAAGGCGCUGCACCCAAUUCAAACGUUCCUACCAAUGAAAGGCCAUUUGCAUUGCCAGAAAACGCAAUAAUUGAAAAUGCUCCUCCGCAAACCAGUUUUACGCACCAAGAACAAGAUACGGAAAUGAACUGA